GAAACUUCGGCGUGAAGUGCCGCUCGGCUCCGGCUCUCUCCAGCUUUUUCCUGCCGGGAACCGGAGGCACGGAUCCUCCUCGCCCCACUGCCCAGGCUUCUCCCGGAGGGUGCCGGAGCUCUGCUGGGCGCCGGCGCGAGCUGCUGCCCGCCCGCCGGGUAAUGGGGAUCUGCGCGGUGCCGUAGGAGGCUCGAGGCGGCGCGGAGGGUGGCAUCGCCCCGGGACUCCGCGGCGGGCGCGCGGGCGGGUCAGGGCGCCGGCUCGGCCGCUGCAGCUGCUGCGAGCAAGCGCAACCUCCUUGCCCAGCCUCGCGCGGCUAUGGCUCGCUGGUGAGAUUCCAGCGGGACUUUCCGUGUCGAGCUUCUGCAUCCUCCCUCGGCCUCGCCGCUGUCCUGGAUGAAAAUGGCUGUCUAGACUGAAAUGUGCCGGCGGGGAGCAAGCCCAGGCUAUCCAGCCUAAGCCAGGCUCCAACGCUCCGAGGUCUGGGGACGAGCCUGGCUCUGAAAAGUGCAGGCAUGAAUUCUGGAGUUGCGGUGAAAUAUGGCAACGACUCCUCAGCCGAGCUGAGCGAGCUCCACCUGGCAGCCCUGGCAUCCCUCAAGGGAGACAUAGUAGAGCUGAAUAAACGUCUGCAGCAAACAGAGCGGGAACGAGACCUUCUGGAAAAGAAGUUGGCCAAGGCGCAGUGUGAGCAGUCACACCUCAUGAGAGAGCAUGAAGACGUCCAGGAGCGCACAACCCUUCGCUAUGAGGAGCGCAUCACGGAACUCCACAGCAUCAUUGCGGAGCUGAACAAGAAGAUAGACCGCCUGCAGGGCACCACCAUCAGGGAGGAAGAUGAAUACUCAGAACUGCGGUCAGAGCUCAGUCAGAGUCAACAAGAGGUCAACGAGGACUCCAGAAGCAUGGACCAAGACCAGACCUCCGUGUCCAUCCCUGAAAACCAGUCGACUAUGGUCACUGCUGACAUGGAUAACUGCAGUGACCUGAACUCGGAACUGCAGAGGGUGCUGACGGGGCUGGAGAGUGUGGUCUGCGGCAGGAAGAAGAGCAGCUGUAGCCUCUCGGUGGCCGAGGUGGACAGGCACAUCGAACAGCUCACCACAGCCAGCGAGCACUGUGACUUGGCCAUUAAGACAGUUGAGGAGAUUGAGGGAGUUCUUGGUCGUGACCUUUAUCCCAACCUGGCUGAGGAGCGGUCUCGGUGGGAGAAAGAGUUAGCUGGACUGCGGGAAGAGAAUGAAAGCCUGACCGCCAUGCUGUGCAGCAAAGAGGAGGAGCUGAACCGGACCAAGGCCACUAUGAAUGCCAUCCGUGAGGAGCGGGACAGGCUCCGGAGAAGGGUCCGAGAGCUCCAAACUCGACUGCAGAGUGUCCAAGCCACUGGACCUUCGAGCCCUGGUCGCCUUACUUCUGCCAAUCGCCCGAUUAACCCCAGCACUGGAGAGCUGAGCACCAGCAGCAGCAGCAAUGACAUCCCCAUCGCCAAGAUUGCUGAGAGGGUGAAGCUAUCAAAGACAAGAUCUGAAUCAUCGUCAUCUGAUCGGCCAGUCCUGGGAUCCGAAAUCAGUAGCAUUGGGGUUUCCAGCAGCGUGGCAGAACACCUGGCCCACUCACUCCAGGACUGCUCCAAUAUCCAGGAAAUUUUCCAAACGCUCUACUCACAUGGAUCUGCCAUCUCCGAAAGCAAGAUUAGAGAGUUUGAGGUGGAAACAGAGCGUUUGAACAGCCGGAUCGAGCACCUCAAAUCCCAAAACGAUCUCCUCACCAUCACCCUGGAGGAGUGUAAAAGCAAUGCCGAGAGGAUGAGCAUGCUGGUGGGAAAAUACGAAUCCAACGCCACCGCGCUGAGGCUGGCCCUGCAGUACAGUGAGCAGUGCAUAGAAGCCUAUGAACUCCUACUGGCACUGGCCGAGAGCGAGCAGAGCCUCAUCCUGGGGCAAUUCCGGGCAGCUGGCGUGGGCUCCUCCCCUGGAGACCAGCCAGGGGAUGAGAGUGUCACUCAGAUGCUCAAGCGGGCUCACGACUGCCGGAAGGCUGCCGAGAAUGCCGCCAAAGCCCUGCUUAUGAAGCUGGACGGCAGCUGCGGGGGAGCCUUCGCUGUGGCUGGCUGCGGCGUACAGCCCUGGGAGAGCCUGUCCUCCAACAGCCACACCAGCACCACCAGCUCUACAGCCAGCAGCUGUGACACGGAGUUCACCAAAGAAGAUGAGCAGAGGCUGAAGGAUUAUAUCCAGCAGCUCAAGAACGACAGAGCUGCCGUCAAGCUGACCAUGCUGGAACUGGAGAGCAUCCACAUCGAUCCGCUCAGCUACGACGUCAAGCCAAGGGGCGACAGCCAGCGGCUGGACCUGGAGAAUGCCGUGCUGAUGCAGGAGCUGAUGGCCAUGAAGGAAGAGAUGGCCGAGCUGAAGGCACAGCUGUACCUGUUGGAGAAAGAGAAGAAGGCCCUGGAGCUGAAGCUGAGCACCAGGGAAGCCCAGGAGCAGGCCUAUCUGGUGCACAUCGAGCACCUCAAGUCCGAGGUGGAGGAGCAGAAGGAGCAGAGGAUGCGGUCUCUGAGCUCCACCAGCAGCAGUGGCAAAGAGAAGCCUGGCAAGGAGUGUGCUGAUGCUGCCUCCCCGGCUUUGGCUGAAGUAAGGACGAACAGUGACAGUGAGCUGGCCACAGAGUUCGCCAGUGCCAUCCGACGGGAGAAGAAACUCAAGGCCAGAGUCCAAGAGCUGGUCAGCGCCUUGGAAAGACUCACCAAAAGCAGUGAGAUCAGACACCAGCAGUCAGCAGAGUUUGUUAAUGACCUAAAACGGGCCAACAGUAACCUGGUGGCUGCCUAUGAAAAAGCAAAGAAGAAACAUCAAAACAAGCUGAAGAAGUUGGAAUCCCAGAUGAUGGCUAUGGUGGAGCGACAUGAGACCCAAGUGAGAAUGCUCAAGCAAAGAAUAGCUCUGUUGGAGGAAGAGAAUUCCAGGCCACAUACCAACGAAACUUCACUUUAACAGGCACUCAGGCCCCAAGGUCCUGCCCCACGGGGCUGAACUCCAGCGGCUCUGAAGUCCUCAGCAGAGAAAGGGUCCAAGGAGAAGAUGCAUAUAGGUCACAGCUCCACCCUUCGCGCGAGUAGUCCAUGAUGGCACCAUGGAUUGUGUCUGUACAGGCUUCAGCUGCUCCAGGCCUGGCCACAAGGGGUGCCAACAAUGGCUCCAGCCAAGUGCUUAGCCAUGUCUUGUUUCAUUUUCACCACACAAGUUCUCAUGCUCUUCUCCCUUGUUCUGUGUAGCGGUUGGUGGGAAUCCAGGCACUUGGUUUUAUGCGGAUUUCCAAGUCUUUUUCUUUUUUCUUUUUUUAGCUUUUCAUAGACUGGACUAUUCUUCUGAAACCUGGAUUUCUUCCUUCCUCCUCCAAGGGAAAAGUGAUAGUGUUUUGUGUGUUUCCAACAUCUAGGGCUUGCGGCCCACCACAGCAAGGCUCUGCCUUCCAGGUCCUAAGGUACCAGAUUCCUGAGAUAGUCACAUAUAGAGGGAUUAGUUGAGAGUGACAGACCACUGGAGGGCACCGUGUCGCUGACCAUCCCAGACACACCGCAGUUUCAAACAGAGCAUCAUCAAGGUUAUGUGUAGACAGUUCUGGACUGGACAAAUAAAAAAACAUCUCCUAUUUUUAUUGUACAGGCCGGGGUUGAAGCUGUUUUAAUUCCCGUCCAGCAAGAGUAAAACUUAGAAUACUCUUGAUAUAUGUAGUAAAGCCAAGGUUUUACCAGGGUUUUUUUUCCUAGGACAGAAAAAAAGCAGUAUUAGCUCUUUCCCAGCCCCAGGGCACUACAGUUCCUAUUCUGAAUCAAAACUUUGCCCCUUGAGCACAUAUGUAGCUGGAUCCCGCCUCUCUCAGGGCAAGAGGCUUUACGUUGUUGGACACUGAGGAGAUCCUUAAUGUUGCACAAGAUGGUUCCCACCUAUAAAUAGAGUGCCAUUGAACCUUUAGUCCCCAACAUCAGGAAGGGGAUUGGGUGAGGGAAUGGCUGACAGGCUUCCUAGUCUCUCCCUCCAGAUGCAGUGAUUUCAAGCAAAAUGGUGACCGGGAGGCGUGACCUCAGUACCUAAACUCCUCUAGGGAGGCAUCCCAGUCAUGUUUUCUACUGGAGCUUUUACCAUUUUACCUUCUGCUGUUCAUAGACACAAUGAAGGGACAGCCUGGCUUUUUUUCACCUGUGGCCCCCAAGACGCUCUCCAUGUGCUGUGAGAAAUAUGCUCCACUCUCAUGGUUAAUGAGGGGAAGGGAUGCUGCGCUCAUGACCAUGGUGAUGCUGCAGACUCCAGGCUACGGGCGGGUCUUUUAGAAAGCAAAGUUCAGCCUUCUGUGCAGGAGGAAAAGAUGCUCUGGCCUUCUCCCACAAUGGUUAGCCCACAAAGCUCAACCGUCUUUCUUUCUCAGACCAGUACCAAGCUCUACUCACCCUGUGAACAGAAACGAAAAUGUGACUGGUUUGAGUCAAGGCUUGAGUGUUGAUGGCUUUCUAGCCCUUUGUCAAUCUCUGUGAUCCAUUUUCUCAGUGUUCACUUUUGAGGGUAAAGUUCUAUUUUGUUAUGAGGAAAACGUGUGGAUAGAAACAUCUACUGCCUCCCCACCACCCCAAGAAUUUAAUAGAUAAAGUUAGCUUUCAGUUUUUCAGCUACCUUCAGGAAAUGUCUGCUCCCAAGCAAAUUGGGACAGGCUGUCCUGGUUGAGGAGAGCCCACAUUCCAGGUAACAUGAUUGCUAGGCUUCCCGCUCUGUCCACGCAGAUGCAGUGAGCAGCGCAUGCAGGAGGCUGAGAUGCGAGGUGAGACUGAAGCAGAGAUGGCGGUCCACCUGCUGAGCUCUGCCCCCUCCGGGUAAAAGCAGAGAACCUAUGCUUCUAGGUCCAUAAUACCUCCACAAAAAAGACCCAAAGCAGCAAUCCUACCAGGCCUUAGCCUGAGUUUCUAAGUAUAUAAACAUAUGGUGACAUGUGAAAACCAUUUGACAAGCUAAAAUGCCACAUUUUUAAGUAAGUGGGAAAGGGCCAUACAAUCUUUUCCUUUUAGUUUUCAAUCUUUGUUGAGGGUUGAAGCAGCAGGCAUUUGAUUAUGUGAAUUGUCCCACUGAUUAAAUACAUGACAGCAGGUGCCUGAGUAAUUUUCCUUUUUGUUUAACCUGGCUCUUCCGAACCUACUCUUAAAUAGGAAAUGGUUUCCAUUAACAUGUCUAUUAUGGCUAACAAAAUUAUCUUGAUUUUAAUUUGUAUGGGGUUAAAAACCUUCGGAAUUUCCUAUCUUUGAAACCCCACCGCCACCCAAAGUCUUCAGGGGUUGCUCUGGAGGCAGUCACCUUUACUAAUCAAAGCCGGUUUCGGCUCCUGAAAAAGUAAGCAGAGCAAAAGGUCCCGUUAGGAGCCAUUUCAAGGUUCCCUUGGACUGUAUUCCCCAUUCUGAACUGAGGCAGACAAACCCGAGUAGGGCAGCAGUCCCAGGAGACAUCUAUCCAUGGCUGGCUCUGGUCCCCUGCAACAACCCCAAGUACAAACUUGUUACAAGUCAAACUUGCCUUCCUUGUAACAACAGUAAGAAAGCCUCCAUCGGACUCACAAUCAAGACUGUCAUGUGAUCAGACAGCCGAGGUUUAGCCUUGUCUCCGUACCAUACAUACUCCAGGUCUAAAUGAGUGCCACAUGGCCCCAGUGGAGGCAGAGAACUUGGACCCACUCUUACCUGCUGAUGUGGCUCAUUUCUUGAUGUGUGUGUAGCCUGAACCUGGACACUACAUUUAACAGACAUUUAGAAGUUUUUUGUUAGCCAAGGUGCUUGGUUCUCCGUUCAGCCACAUGAACUUACAAGGUCUUCCUCUGAGCCUGUAGCAAAUUUUACAAGGGCUUCAGAGAACUCUAAAAUAGAGCUUUGGCAUGGUUCUAUGAGGAAGGGCAGUCUAAGGCACAGCCUUAGGCUUUUAUUCAUUCAUUCUAUAAACUUUUUUUUUAAAAAAAAGGUGCUUAGUAACCUUACCACUGUAAGGGAAAUGUGAGACUAUUGGAAGUCUAGUUCCUACAUACAGACAUUACCUGAACAGGAAAACAAAACAAAAAAAAUCUUAGUUUGCUACAGGUUUGGAAUGCCUGUAUCACUGUGUCCCAUCUACUAUGGCCCACAAAAAAUUCUGUGCAAUGAUAUAAAUUGUGUAAACUACAUCAGAGCUGCCAGGAGCCGGGGUAUCACAUUCAUGUUUUAGGUAGAGAAUAACAUCGUGGCAGUAACAGAAACAACGCUCUUGUUUGUUAAAACACUUCCUUCCAUAAAUGCUUUCAAUUAUAAAUGUUUAAUUGGGAGUAUGUCGUCAACAACAAAAAAACAACCAACCCAGCGCUCACCAAGUGUACAGUGUCACCCACUGAACUAAUUUUUUUUUUUUAGAGCCCAACAGAACAAAUUCACUGAUGGUUACAUUUUCUGCCCUGAUCUUCAUUAGGGUAUGGUCCUAAGGAGGGAGCGGGGCACACGAGCUUAAGUAACAUUAGUAUUUUCUUUCUGUGAUACACUGCGGCUUUUAGAACAAGCUAUAACUGCUGAAGAAAUCAGCAAUUUUGUGUUUAGCCAAUAGAACCUAAAUAACGAGGAAUGACAGAACAGCACCUUGGCCGCAGCUUGCAAACUCUGGUGAGCAGGCAUGGCUUGCUAUAAAAACGCCUCCGCCUUUGAAGUGUGUGUACAAUGGAAACCCCUUGUUUAUAUACAGGUCAGGUCGGAGUCAGCUCCCAACCUGGGGCCUCCUAAUCUCACUUCAUUUUCUAAACACCUUUGUAUUCAUUUAGAAAUGUUUGUGCCUGCUGCCAGUGGUCUAUCUGAGAUGCUGUGACCCCAGCUAACUGAGCACGCUUGUGUAGAGGAAGACAUUUUCAUAUGCAGGCAAGCAUUACAAUUUUGGUAAUCCAGUAUAACCUUAACACGUUAUCUGAUGUUUUGUACAUGUGUACGAAGAGGGGGAGAAAAAAAAGCUGGGUCCCAGAAUCAAGAACCAUUGUUGGAUAAGGACACCCACGACUUACCAUUUGACUUUCCCAGUCUCUCAUCUGAUAAUACCGGAACUGCCUGCUCACCAAACAGCACGCAAAUUCUGUAGAGGAUUCCACACCCGUGGAGAUGCUCUGGUUAUGUUUCUGCUCUAUCGUUCGCCCUGUCCAUGGUCAGACUCAUGUGGAAAAUGGUUGUAGAGUCCACAGUGUUCCUUUGCAGUCUUCCUGUCGGGACACCCACUCUCCAGUGCCCCCAUAACCUAAUUUUGUUAGGACCUGAUGCAAAGACUACAAAACACGUUCACUUCUGUUUCUAAUCCGCUUUUAGACAUAUUAACUUACGUUGCAUGAAAUUUCACUUUUUUAUUAACUGAAAAUGUGCUUUUAUACCACUUGAAUUAGAAAAUCCUGCUUGAAUGUACUGUCGUUAAAGCACAUAUGACUGUCUGCAUCUGUCAGUACUGUUCUGUUUGUACCCAAGCCUCACUGUAAAGUGGCUACUAAACACUGUACUAUAACUUGUAAUUUUUUAGGCUCACUUGUAGCUUUUAAUGUUUCCAGAUGCCUUUAGUUUUAGCUGCUGUAAAAUAGCUACUUUGUGUUAUUUGAUAUAGAAUUGUUUAAAAAAAAAACAAACCUCCAUUUAUUUAUACAGAGACAUUUAUAAUAUUUUACAAACGUUCUUAUAUUCUGAAUAAAUAUUUCUAAUUCCGUGAA